UCACGCUGCUGCCAGGUCCAUACUGUCUGCCAUGGGCCCCUGUACCGCCUCCUCUUGCUGCUGCCAGGCCCGUAAUCUGCCAUGGGCCCGUACCGACUCCUCAUGCUGCUGCCAGGUCCAGAGUCUGUCAUGGGUCCCUGUACCGCCUCCCAUUGCUGCUGUCUCCAUCGCCACACUCUGCCAUGUGCCACUUUCAGGUCUCCUCACACUGCUGGUGGGUUCCAUUUUGUCAUAGGGUGCUGCAUGGCCUCCCAUUGCUGCUGCCUCCACCGCCACACUGUGGCUCCA